AUGCGCACGCGCAUCUGGGAAGACUCGGCUGCUAUGAAUGUGGUGAGCGUAUUAGGUUUUAUCAUGAAUGAUGAGGGUGAGGUCGUGGGCUCUGAGCGCACAAAGGUGCUGUGUAAGCUUAUGCCGUCCAUCCACACCCUGGCGCACCGUGCAAUUCUGGCGCUGCUAAUUACGCAGCUCAGCGACGCCGACGCUCAAGUGUUUUACGACGAGGGAGGGCUGAAAGUACUGGAUGCGUGGCUUGUGGACAGCGUCACUCGAUGUGAGGCAGGGCUAUCUACGGAGAAGAAGCGAAUUGAGAUGUUCUCUCAAGUGCGCGCGCUGUUACGGAUUUUAGAUGUGAACGUACAGACAGAUACACAGAGGAAGCAGAACUCGUAUCUUACAGGAACAUUUGCUAAGGUCAUUGAGUUAUUGGAUAAUGCUGUGCCAGAGUAUGCAGCCGAAUGGAGUCGAUUGAAUAUUUACCGACGUCACUUUGAAAGCUCUUGUGGUUUGCCCUCUAGUGUUAAGGAUGGACUUGGUGAAUCGCGACGAGUUACCAAUAGCCACUCGUAUAGUACCAACUUUCGCAAUAGCAAGUCUUCUAGCGAAACUUUGACACCACAUUCUCUCAUGCCUUCAUCCACGUCUACUACAACUGCAACAAGCAGUGCUUCGGUAUCAUGGAAGUCGACAGGGAUAUCUGCUGGGACCACAUCUACUACAGCUGUGUCCAGCCUAAGCACGGCCAGUCAACGGAUUGCACCUGCCUAUGUGAUGCAGUACCAAUCAAAGUCAUUUUUGCAGAAAGAUAGAGGCCUUUUCAGUCAAAACCAGGAUGACCUCGAGGAUUAUGCGGAUGAUGAUGAAGCAAUGAUUCUUGCUGAUGAAAGUGUGAUCACGAAUGUUAGCCAAGCUGCAUUAAGUGCAUCUUUGGAACAGAAAAUACGAGGAAAUGGACAUAAUAUGGAGUAUGGGGAGCGUUCGCGGUGCCGAAAAUGCAAGCGCAUGGUUUCAAAGCGAUGCACACAUUGUGAGUUCUGUGCAAAGUGUGGACAGAAGGAUAAAUGUGAGCCGAUUAGCGUGACUUCAGCAGGACCAUCGUCCAGUGGAAACGACGACGGUAAGGCAUUAGCAGGAAAUGGCACUGGUGCUAAAUCGCUUUCGGUGAAGGACCGCAAUGUACAGGUUCUUGGCUCUGUGAUGGAUGCAGCUAUCUAUCAUGCUUUUCGCCAGGAAGAUUUCCACUCUGUCUUCAGUCUAAUUCAGAAUGGCAUGGACGUAAAUUUCCAGCGAAUUGAGUCUGACUACUCGUCAGCAUUGAUGGCGGCUGCGCACCACGGCCGAGAUGAUGCUGCAAGCAAACUGCUGAGCUUGGGUGCAAACCCGUGUCUUGAAGACCAUAGUGGAAACAAGGCGUGGAACUUUGCUGAGCGACGAGGCCACACGGAGCUAAUGGAGAAACUUAAAAAGUGUUGCGAAGAGUGGGAACAGAAGCAAAAGGACGCUGAGGGUGCACAGCAAUCCUAG